CCUCCUGUUCUGGUUCUUACGAGAACACGAGACACGACUCACGUUAUCGAACGCAUCGCAUUUUUGAUCAAGACCAGCUGAUUACUGACUCAGUUUUGUUGAUGUUUUGGUGUAGUUUUGUCCAUUGCGGUUUUGGUUUUGCCAUUUGUGCCUCUAAAGAAAGUGUUUGGCGGCGUUGUCGUUUUGGUUGGUGUUUUCUGAGUAAACACUAAUUUUUUUCUGAAAAAUGUUAGCACUAGACUAAACACACCAAACUACUCCUCAAAUAUGUCUCUCAUACAAGCAAACCUUUCAAUUUAUCAAAACAACCUAAACAUCCCACAGGACCUUAAAGUCCAACCUCUAGCGCUGGUGGGCUAUUCUGGAUUGGACAUCGUCAACAAUGCUGUUCACAAGUCCAUUUGGGAAACUUUCAAUAACAGAACUGAAAAAGCACCAAUCCUAUACAAAAUUAUCAGCAACACUCACAAAUUUCCAGUCAUCAAACCAAAACGGAACUCUUAUGAUUGGUACAUCCCAAAGGGGAUAUUGAAAAGGAACUGGCUCAAUAAAUAUUUACAGGAAGUGCCAGCGAUUGUUGUUAUAUUUUACGAUUUGGAUUGGAAGGACAGUUUGUGGAAUGAAAAAAUGAUAGAAUGUGCUUCAAAGGUCCAAUCAAUGAGAGCUGCAAUGGAAGGAAGAGAUACUCGUAUUCUAGUUGUUCUCAUACAAAAUCAGUUGCCAAUACCAGAAGACCCUCUUGCAGCUGAAAGGGCCAUUGCGCUUUGUUCGAGCUGUGAAUUGAAUUCACAGUCUUUGUAUGUUUUGCCACAUGGUCAACAUCUAUUGGGUUACACCAUCAGAUUGGAAACGGCAUUUUUCGAUUUUUGUCAAAACUAUUACCACAACCGCGUUAAAAUUGUGAAAAUGCACAAAGAACAUCUGAACAAAAAUUCUCAUCAGUAUCUAUAUGUUCGCCAUCAGUUCAAAAUGGGAUUUCUGAAUGAACUGAAGCAGGAUUUACAUUCUGCGCACAAGCACUACACGCUAGCUUAUAACAAUCUUUUAGAAAUAAGAAUAGUGGACACUAACGCUUUAGAAGUGAGAACAGUAGCGGGAUUCAUAAACUACAAAAUUUGCAAGCUCUUAUUCGCUCUCAGUCUACCUAGAGACGCAAUAUCCCAGUUCAAAGGACACAUUGACAAGUUUAAAAAUCGAUUAGGAUUUCAAGAGUUGGUUUUUGAACAUUACGCUUGGCUAUCAAAACAAUACGAAAUAUUUGGCGAUAUUUUUGAUGAAGCUGUUAAACAGGGCCUGCCAGCUGUACAGAUCCAACAUCCAGGGAUUUAUUAUCAACAGGCGGCACAAUAUGCAAUAUCCAGGAAAGAUGCUUCUCAUAAUCUUUGUUCUAAAAUUAUCGCAUAUCCUCAUCCGGAUCCGUUAGAAGGCUUGGAGAGGAUGGAAUUUUUCGGACAAAGACCUUGGAGGCCAGGAAAAGUUUCAGCAGAGCCUCCAGAUCCCUCUACAGAGGCUAACGGUAUUGAAGCUAUACAGUAUUUGGAAAAUCAAAUAAAUCAUUCCAGUAUUAUAAUUUCUUUAUAUGGUUCAGCAAUUGCGCAGUACAAAAUUUAUAAAUGUCCCAGAAUAAGAAGGCAUUUGGUAUUGCAAAUGGCCGAUGAAUGUUAUAAUUCUAAAGAUUUUGGAAAAGCACUUACGUUGUUGACUCACAUGCUUUCCGAUUACAGAGAAGAAAAAUGGUACUGUAUAAUUUCGAAUAUUCUAGAAAAGGCUGUCAGGUGCGCUUACUUAACGGCCAACAUUCAAGACUACAUGCAGCUUUCUUUUGAAGUUCUAGGUUCGUCUGUUGAACUUAGUAUUGAAGACAAACGUCGAAUAUAUGAAAAUUUAAAUAGGAUUCUGAAGAAGCAAAUCCCAUAUGGUGAUCCAAAGUUGCCUCAUGACGUUUUACAAACUGCCAUCAUUCUUUGGCAACCUGUAUUUGGUGGCGACAUUUCUAUAAUCAAUUUAGAUAUGUCGCAAAUUGUUUCCUGUAUUGAAGUUAAGACUAGAUUUGUGAAACCUUCGUUUGAAAUUGAUCAGAAGGUUUCUCUUGAGGUUUUUGUAAGAAGUACCUGUCUGUUUCCUCUAACAUUUGCUCAAAUCUCCGUACAAGUCAACACAGUUAACAUAAGUUCCGAGUUUGCAGUCAACGAUUUAGCAGAUACUUCAUUGACGUUCCAUUCAAAAGAAGUUAAGAGGUUCUUUAUUGAAUUUGAACCUGAUCCAAAUGAUAUCAAUAACGAAAUAGAGAUAGAAAGUAUAAAAAUUUCGAUUGGAGAUCCAGCAGAAUGUUCGGCAACUCUGAAAUUUUCUGGGCAAGCUACCAAACCAGAACACCCAGAAUUGCAGCAUUUCAAAAGGAGUCAACACGAAGUGGAUUUUGAUAAUAUCAAAGUUGUUUCGAAAGCUUCGAUAGUACCGCGACAUUCCAAGAUUAUGGUCAAGUUUGAACAUGCUCCGCCUGCACUAGUUGGGGAAUGCUAUGAAAUUUAUGUAUCUAUUAUUAAUCAGGAAUUAUGUGGGAUUAAAGAUUUGAGGGUGGAAAUUUUGCCUGAACAAGAUUGUAAUGAAGUUGAGUUUUCCUGCGUUCCUGAAUUCGGAACCGUGAAAUUACCUUUAAUUCUACCCACUGCAACCACUUUAAGUCGAAGUUCCAAGCUCACGACCAGCCUGUUUCUUCGCGCCAGCAAAGCAGAAAUUAAAAAUAUUUUUGUAAAAAUUACUUAUAGAGUGGAUAGCGAUAAACCUGUGAUAAGUAUCAAGAACGAGACGAUAGUGCUGCCUGUAGUACAGCCAUUUGAAGUGACUACUAGGUUUUUGUCAGGUAUGAUGCAGACUAUUCAUAAAUUUUAUGCUGGGGAGAAUUUUGGCGUUAUGGCUCUAAUUCGUUGCAUGUCGCCUUGGCCGAUUUGUAUUGAGGAAACUUCAAUUGAAUUUAUUACUCCAGUAAAAUCAGUUGAAAAGGAUCUACAAAGCAUUAUCGCAGGUUCUACUAUUAGCAAAGAGGAAGUAGCGACUGAAUUAUUUUUAGCAGUUUCCGAUAAACAGUCUGACCAUAAUUUAGCUAUUGGAGAAUACAAAGUAACAUGGAAAAGAGAAAAUGGUAUGUCGACUAUAACACAAGUAACUUUACAUGGUUACCAUUGCGAUUGGAUUCCAUUAAACUUGAAAGUGAUAACACCUCCAUAUGGUCUAGUCAGAACGCCAGUGACUAUUGAAUAUCAUUUAUUGAAUCAAUCGUCCCAUCUUAUUCAAUUGGAUAUUGGAAUGGAAGCUAGCGAGGCGUUCAUGUUUUCUGGAUAUCGGCAGACUACCGUAUCUGUAUUGCCCUUCUCUACGAAAAUAUUUCAAUACAAUCUGUAUCCGUUAUUGGCUGGUACUGUAGCUUUGCCUAGAUUAGUACUAUCUAUACCGGAAAAUAGUACUGAAGGACCUGCCCUGAGACAGGAUCAGCUUAAUCAACUUAUUGAAAGGACCAUCCCAUUUUAUAUUUUUGUAAUGCCCCAAUUGAAAGGUAAUCCAAAGUUACCUGAUAUAAUACAGAAGACAAACAUAGUUUUAAAACCUUUAAAUUGAAAUGUUGAUGUAUAUUAAAUAUUAUAUUGUUAAUAAAAUUAUGUUUUAAAAUUAUAA